CGCCUUUUAAAUGGAGCGCACUGUCAUAGAGGGAGCUGAGGAUCUUUAAUGAGAGAGAAAGAAAGGAAUGCUUUUGAGAAUAAUGUCCUCCUUAAUUCAAGUUAAACGUGAAGUGGAGGAUUGGAGUUUUGAGCAAAAUGUGGAGAUCCCAUCAAGGAGAGAUAUUCUGACUGUGAAUUAUAAAGAACUUUUAACUCCAGACAGCCAGAAAAUUAAACUAUCUCCACUGCAGCAUCGUCGCAAGCAAAGGGAGCAAUAUCGCAGCAAUGUCAACUCGCUGCGGGAGUUGGCUGCCAUCUUGCCAGUGCCGCCUCAGAAACGGGAAAGGCGUCUCACAAAGAAGGAGGUUCUCAACCAGGUUUUGCGUUACAUUGCAUUUCUUCACAGGCACAUCAGCAAUGCUAAAUCCCUGCUAAAGAAUAAUUCUGUGGAGAUAGAUGAAAAUGAAUGCUGCUUAAAUGGAGAGGAGUCGACAAGUCCAGAGGAAGCUGGGCAGAGUAAUGCAGAGGAGAUGAGUCCUCCUUCCUCACCCCCAAACUUCAAGAAAAUGAGACUGAGGAAUAUCUGCCCCAAACCUAGGAAAAAAAAAUGGAUGGAAAAAACAGAAUGGAGACAGAUGCUGAAAUCUCGCCGAUGCCUUUACAGUGAGCCGGCCGGUUAUGAUAAGCACCCACAAUCAGAAAUCCGGCAUGAGGUUGAUCUAACGUGGCAAGGAGCAUCUCUAGAUACUUCAUCCUCCAGCUCCUGUUCGCAGGACAACGCUGACAGGCUCCAAGGCCGUACUCUCUACCUUACUUUGUUGGAUUCGAGAGAACCUGAAGGAUCCAGCCUCGACAACUUGGGGAGGCACGAGAUGCAACAUGGCACUAAAUAUUCUUCUGCAAUCGAGGAGAGGAAGAUGGAUUUUAGUCAUGACUCCAGCUUGUAUGAUCCACCAGUCAGUCCUCCAUAUCCAAGUCUGAAGGAUCAGAAGCUGGUUCACUACCUCUCAUCCCACGAUGAAGAUGAUGAAGUAGACCGGAGUCCUUGGCUUCCACAGGAGUACCCUCGAGGAGCAGCAGAGGUUCAUUCUCCCGUCAGCGACUCUCGAACGGCACCAGGGCUUCAGGCUUCACUUGGGUUGAGUCCCUCUCUAUUUUCAUCUCCAGCGCGACAUGUCCAACUUCUGCAAGAUGGAAAGGAGAAUCUGACGCAAGCCUUGUUUGGAACUGUGUGCCUUAGCCCAGAAUUUCCUGUGACCAAGCCUGGAGACUUGAAGCUAUCGAACACACGUCAAAGCCAGCAAUUACACAACAGUUACUGGAAUGCUCCUAUAAAGGAUGAUCCGGAUCAAACUGUGCCAGAAACUUCACUGAUGGCCUCAGACUCAUUCCAGUCGACCUUCAUCUUUGACCACUGCUACCUUCCAUGCAGUGAAACAAGUCGAUCUGACUCCAGCCAGGCUGACAGUACAUCUUCAGGGGAGAAUUCGUGCCAGAUCUGCCCGACUUCAGAGAAGUGGUUCAGACGUCUUCUGCAGGAGGACAGCGAUGAGAGUGAGCACUGGUUCUCCUUCAGUGACGACAUUGAGGACAAUGAUAUCACCUGGACUCCGUACUACAGGGGGAAGCUGUCACAGCCCGCCACCUCCAGCAAGCUGAAGCGAGGCAAGAGCACGAACCAAGGCCUGCGCAGGAAGCGGUGCUGCGCUCUCCAGCUCAAGAAGAAAUGUGUCAAUGGCUUCAUCAUGUUCUGCCGUGUAAACAGGAGGCUGUACAUCAGUGACCAUCCUGGAACAGCUUCCACUGUUGCGACCAAAGCCUUGGCACACGUGUGGCGUACCAUGUCAAAGAAUGAACGCCGGCCCUACUGUAUAAAAGCCCGCGAAUUCAGCAAGAUGAACAAUCGCAUCGUGAGGCUGGAUAGCUCGUCGAGUGAAGAGAAGGAGGAGGUGGAGAUGCCUGAACCCCUCCAUCUCCUGUGAGACCUGUCCCUUUACUGAGGCGAACAAGAGCACAAUGCUGUUGUGAAACAGCCCACGGUGUCCGACCCAAGAUGCACAGGACCACUGCUGAGUCGCUUGAGGCCCGGUCACGGAGUCAUACAGUGAGAAAACAGGCCCUUCGGCCCAACUUGCCCAUACCGGCCAACAUGUCCCAGCUACACCUGACAAACUCAAAAAAUUCAGCAAACUCGCUCGUGUCUAACUUGGAUCACCAAGACAACUUGGAAAAUCAUUGCGAAAUAGAUUUUUUUUAUUAAUGGUUAAAUUUUGAAAACUCCUACCUACAUAUUAGGACAGAUGGCAGACAGUGAGAGUGGUGCUGAAGUCCAAGUGAAUGGUGGGCGAACAAGACUAUUGUGGACUGUCCAGCAGGAAAUGAACUUGAAGCCGUUUUCAUCAGUAUUGGGUAGAACUUUAAGUUUAUGUUCGAAGUAGCAAUGUAUGUGAAGCUUGGCUUGUGUUGAUAAUGAGAGGCAUAGCUUUCUUCUUGGCUCAGGCACUCAAACUACAGCUCUCUGUCUCUGUGGGCAGCGUUAUUACCCCUGAGUCAGAAGGUUGUGGCUUCUCGCCUCAUUCCAAAAACUCGAUCACAGAUAUCAAGGCUGACAGUGUAGGAUAUUAAUUCAACAAAAAAAAAAUGCCUUGCGCUGAGGGGGAGCUGCAUUGUCAGGAGUGUGGACUUUAGGUGAGAGGUUAACUGGAAAUUCUGGCUGCUUUUGCAUGUGGAAGUAAGUGGUCUUCUUGUGGGAAAAGCAGGGCAUUAUCCCUGUGUCCUGUCCAAUGUGUUCAUCCCACACUUAACAUUAGUACGAUAGAUCACCUAGCCAUGAUUACAGGGUUGUGUGUGGGGGUUGGCUGUACAGAAAUUAGCUGCUAUGUUACAACUCUCUCUGGCCCACUCUGGGUUGUCCUGAACGGGACAUGUAAGGACUCGGACAAACACAAGAUAUUCUCUUUUCCAACUGUAGAUGGAAAAUCUCCAGUUGAAUUAUUGCAGUUUCCUUAUAAAACAAGCAAUGACAUCAUCCCCUUAAAAUGUCUUGUGGUCUCAACCAAAUGCACUCUAUUAUUGACUGCCGGGAUCCAACUUAAUUCAACUUUUGGCUGCUCUCUGCCUUUCCCUUGUCGAUAUGACUAAGGAAUGACAACUCCAGUCUCACUGCCAGGCCCGUGUGGGGGUUAGUGUGGGAAAUGUGAAAAUAAUGCAGUAGGAAAUACUCAUUGGUGUUUGCAGCUGAAUUAUCAGUCCCUGACCUGGAUAUUUGUGGGGUGCACCAGCAUGGAAGUUUUAUUCAGCUCCCUCGUCUGUGACACUAAUUAAAAAAAUAAGUAUUCUGUGCUCAUGGUUACUAUACAAGCACUAAACUUGCAAAUAAAAUUAUUGUAUGACUACUGACUGAAACGAAGCACAAAAAAAUCAUGCUGACUGCAGGAAGAGUCGGUAAUACUUUCGAUAAGAAUCAGUUCAGAUUCUUAUCAGAAGAGAUCACUGACCAUUUUUGUAAAGUGCAGUUUUGUAUUUAAUAUUUAAAAGUGCAUGCAUCUCAAAGUGCUUUAAUGAACUAGGUCAGUCAGCAGUACACAAUAAGGAUCAUUUAUACUACAGUUGGUGCCCUGGCCAUCAUUCAAGGCACUUUAAUUUUACAGGAGUGCAGUUGAGAGCAAGUCCGUGUGUCUCUGGUCAUCAGCUGUACAGAUCAAUGCAAAUGACUUCAUCCAGCAUGUUCUGUCUCAUUCUUCUGUGAGAACAAUCGCUCAUAGUGACUGGUCAGCUUAUUGUCAUAGCACAGGAGAACAUGCUUAUUCAGAACAGCCUUACAGUCACUGGUCUAUUACCCCCUUUACAGGAUUGUUUAAUGCUACUGACCCAACCCCUACACCACUUUGUCACAAGAACAACAAUGAGCCAGGUCUAACAUAAUGUGGGACAGAUAAAAUGUGUCGGAGGGAACUGCAGAUGCUGGUUUAAACCGAAGAUAGACACAAAACGCUGGAGUAGCUCAGUGGGACGGGCAGCAUCUCU